AUGAAUUCAUCAUCAUCCAACGUAACCACACCAUCACAACCAAAAACUGGCAAUAAAAAUAAAUAUUUAUAUUGUGAAAUACCAUAUCGUGGUAAAACAACACAAAUUUUUGCUAAUAAAUUGAAACAUUUAAUUCAACACCAAAAGCCGACUAAACAACUACGAAUAAUACAGCGUCCACCAAAAACUAUACAACAAUAUUUUCAAAUAAAAGAUAAUAUUUCACAUCCAUUAAAAUCUAAUUUAGUUUAUCAUGUAGUUGCAAAAGACGAUAAUGAUGAUUACAUAGAAUAUGCACGUCUAAACGCUCUUGGUGAAAUACAACGACCAUUAAAGCAACUUCAACCAUCAAUUACAUUACCAUUAAUUCCACCGACGCCAACAGUAGCCAAAAACUCACCGUUUUAUAUACAUAUGUUUGAAACUGAAACACGAAUAACAUUAAAAGACUAUCAUUUAUUAAUGACUGAUAAACAAUCGCAAAGACUUCUAAUAAAAGAAGCUUUAGCCAUAAAAAGCUUAAAUCCCACUCUAAAUAAGACAGUUGCAUCAACACCCCUCUACAUUUAUCCACUAGGUAUACCCUCAACCUUUAUACCUGAUCCUG